GCCGAAUUUCACAAGAUUACCUGUGACCAUAUACUAAAGAGAACCAGGGUUCUUCUAGCUAUUUCCUCAAGCAUUCGGGGUAGUUUCGUCAAUAAAAACGGUUUCGGAUCUCAUGGUCAUAUCACGAUUGCCCAUCACUCGAUAAAUUUUUAGCAAAUCGCCUUGUUUUAGGGUUUCUCUUUCCAUCCAACACAGCGACGGGAGACUCAGGAAGGUCAUGGGUCGAAGACCUGCAAGAUGCUAUCGUCAGAUUAAAAAUAAGCCAUACCCAAAAUCAAGGUACUGCCGGGGUGUCCCUGAUCCAAAAAUCAGGAUUUAUGAUGUUGGCAUGAAGAGGAAGGGAGUGGAUGAAUUCCCCUUCUGUGUUCACCUUGUAAGUUGGGAGAAAGAGAAUGUGUCUAGCGAGGCUUUGGAGGCUGCACGCAUUGCCUGUAACAAAUAUAUGACGAAAUUUGCUGGAAAGGAUGCAUUCCAUCUUCGAGUUAGGGUGCAUCCUUUCCAUGUUUUGAGGAUUAACAAGAUGCUUUCUUGUGCUGGUGCCGAUAGGCUCCAGACUGGAAUGAGGGGUGCAUUUGGAAAGCCGCAGGGUACAUGUGCAAGAGUGAGCAUUGGGCAGGUUCUCUUGUCUGUGCGUUGUAAGGACAGUAAUGGCAACCAUGCUCAGGAAGCCUUGCGUCGUGCCAAGUUCAAGUUCCCUGGCAGGCAAAAGAUCAUCGUUAGCAGAAAAUGGGGAUUCACCAAGUUCAGCCGUACUGAUUAUCUGAAAUGGAAGGAAGAGGGCAGGAUUGUUCCUGAUGGCGUCAAUGCCAAGCUUCUAGGAUGCCAUGGAGCUCUUGCACGGCGUGUACCAGGACAAGCAUUUUUGCAGGCAUCCGAAGCUGCUUGAGCUCAGCUACUUUUGUUUGCCAUAUUGAGAUAUGUUAUUGCCCUUUACCAAAACUUUGGUAUCACCUCUCAUUGGCAAGAAGAAAACUCUGUUAUUCUGCUUUGCUUGCCUUAUGUCUUUUAAUGUUUUUGAGGUAACAAGAAAUUUAUUUUCAGUUAAGACUGCUGGCGUGUACCAGGACAAGCAUUUUUGCAGGCAUCCGAAGCUGCUUGAGCUCAGCUACUUUUGUUUGCCAUAUUGAGAUAUGUUAUUUCCCUUUACCAAAACUUUGGUAUCACCUCUCAUUGGCAAGAAGAAAACUCUGUUAUUCUGCUUUGCUUGCCUUUUGUCUUUUAAUGUUUUUGAGGUAACAAGAAAUUUAUUCAGUUAAGACUGCUGGUUGGGAAAGAACAUUUCAAUGAAUUUGUUGGCAUCAAUUAUUGUUC